AGAUGGCGGCCAGGUAAACACGGCCGCGGGCGGCGGCGCUGAGGGGGCUCCGCGGGCACCGGGGCACGGCGAGAGCCCGCUGCCUUCUCCUAGGCCGGCCUUGAGCCGCGUUUCUCUUCGGUUCCCCUCACUUCCCCGGCCUGUCGCCUCACCGCACCGGCUCUUCCGUGCCGGGGCCCGGGAAGGGGAGGCGGCUGUGGCGUCCCGGGAAGUUGCCCCUGUGGAGGCACGGGAGGCGUUUGCUGCAGUUUCGAUCCUAAACUGAAAGGAGCUGUAAGCAAACGCAAGGGGCACAACUUUAAUGGACAAGAAGUGGGGGGGAAAAGUGGUCUCAGCCUCUGUAAUCAAGUUGUCUUCUUCUUUCUGAAAUAGUUGUUUUUGUGUUGGAAUGGGUAACGUGGUGUCUUUACAGUGACUUGAAAUAGUUUGGACUUUAUAUAAGCUGGAAGAUGUGGAGUGGGCUGUUACCUCCAGGACUGAAUGAAAGCGAUGUUGAUCUGAGUUCUGAUGAUGAGGACGAAUCACCUGAUUCCUGUUCAAAGCAAGAGGCAAAAGAAGAUACUGAAAGAGUUCAGGGGACUGGAGAGGAAAGUAAUGCCAGCAGUGAACCUCUUGUACCAGUAACAGAUGAAGAAGGUGAAUUUCAAACGUGCCCUCCUGGAGUUUCUGUAAAUAUCUGGAAUAGAUUUGUGGAGCUUCAGAAGAAACACCGGGAAAUGAAAAUGCAAGUGAAAGAGGAAAACAGAUGCCGGAAAAGAAAGCGCCGCCGAAAAGCAAAACAGAGAAAGACCGAUGAAGUGGCUAAGAGUAGUCAGCAGUUGGAAAAUGAAGACAAAUGGAAAGAACUUACACAAUACUUUGGAAUCAAUGAUAGAUUUGAAUCACCUGUGGACAGCAGGGCUCCACAAAAGUCUGGCCUUGAACUGAGCAUAGAGAAGUGUGUGGCUGAAGGUGACAUUGCCAAGGCUGAGGAGCUGAGUGACAGAUUGGCCAUUCGUGAGCUUGGUGUGAAAAUUGCCAAAGCUGCCGCUUGCCGCAACUUUGUAAAAGCCAAGCAAGAAGCAGAGGCUGCCCAAGAAGCUCAAAAGAAAAAGAAGCUUGCUUGGGGAUUUGAGGCCAAGAAAAGAUGGGAAACAAAAAGCAACAUGGGAUACAUGUAGUCCAUCCUGUUUUCCUCAGGAGUCGAAUACCUAUUGUUACUUGAAGAAUUUUUGUGGGCACCUUAUUAAAUCUAAAAAUAAAACCCCCCAAACACAACACAUCAAAUGCCUAAUAUUUAUCUUAAUGUUUUUUAAUCUGCACUGUCUUGUUUUGUCACUCUCUUAUAAAUACAGCAAAAAUGCUAUCUAAAUAUCAAUACUGUGUUAAAUUUUCCUCCUAGAUAUGAAAGCUAAAGAUAACAGAUUUCAGGAUGAAUUUGGAGUCUGGCAGAGAAUUCUCUGAAGCUGAAAUAAAAUCCUUGGUCCAAA